AUGGCAUCAAACUGGAGGAAGACUGCUGCCAAUGUGAGUCUGUGUUCUGUGCGGAAACGCAGCAUGUGUAAAAACAUUGAGCUGAGCCCGAUCUGUUGUGUGGCUGCAGACUGUGGGAGUGAAGGCAGAAGAACACAGUCUGCUCCAGGAAAUUCCACAAAAUUCCACAGACUAAAGGGAAGGCCAGAGGAAGUGCAGGGAUACAAACACGAGGAGGAGCCGCUAAGCGAGUGGUCCCUGCCUCAAAGACAAAGUGAGCCCGCGAGGAGCACACCGGGAGGACGACUCAGCCCAGAGUUGAGGGAGACACAGAGCAAUCCUCUGACAGACCUGGAAGAAAGACCUCAUCUUAAGCCAGAGUCCUCAGAGGACAGAUGA